UCCUCCAAACUUUCCUCUUGUUUUCCUUGGUCCUCAACUCCUCAUCAAUGAUGUUCAAGUUACAAGGUUUAGUUGCCUUCGCAAUCACAUUGUUCGUCUCCGCCUCUUUCACUCAUGGCGGCCACCCCAGCGUCGAAGAUGAAAAGAUCGGCUCUCCCCUCCUGACUCAAGAGCUACACACCAACAACACCAUCCUGGUCGAUAUCAACGGCGGUGGCCAAUUCAAGUCCAUCCAGGCCGCCAUCGAUUCUGUUCCUGCAGGCAACAAUAAGUGGGUUAUCAUCCAUGUUAGGAGAGGGGUGUACAGAGAAAAAGUGCACGUACCCCAAGACAAACCCCAUAUUUUCUUGAGAGGCAAUGGGAGGGGAAAGACACACAUUGUUUGGUCCCAAAGCUCUCAUGACAACAUUGAAUCUGCAACUUUCAAAGUAGAAUCUCCAUACUUCAUUGCCUUUGGAAUCAGCUUCAAGAAUGAGGCUCCAACUGGUGUGGCAUACACGUCGCAAAAUCAGUCGGUGGCAGCAUUUGUGGGUGCAGACAGGGUUGCAUUUUACCACUGUGCUUUCUACAGUACCCAUAACACCCUUUUCGAUUACAAGGGCAGGCAUUACUAUGAUAACUGCUACAUCCAAGGCUCAAUCGACUUCAUCUUCGGACGUGCUAGGUCUACCUUCCAUAGCUGUGAGAUUUUUGUGAUUUCAGACAAGAGGGUUUCCAUCAAAGGGUCUGUAACAGCUAAUCACCGAGAGAAUGCGAACGAGUUCAGUGGGUUUGUAUUUAUCAAAGGCAAGGUGUAUGGUGUAGGUGAUCAUGUCUACUUGGGUAGAGCCAAGGGCCCCUUUUCCAGAGUCGUUUUUGCAGAAACCUACCUCUCUAAGACCAUUGUGCCCCAGGGUUGGACCAAUUGGAGUUAUGCCGGAGGAACAGAGAACCUGUUCCACGCGGAGUACAAUUGCAAAGGGCCAGGAGCCGACUUUGCACAGCGCGCUCCAUGGGCGAAGCAACUGACGGAGAAAGAGGCCGCACCAUUCCUGUCGAUCGACUUCAUCGACGGACGGGAAUGGCUCCCAGUGUGGAUAUGAAUUCGCUAACUAGCUAGGAGGAGCAACACAUUGAUGAAGAUACAUGGACCCCAAGUUUCCGUUUCAUCAAACAAUUUGUUUUCGAACAAAUAAACGAUCAAUCGCGAAAGAAAAUGAUGUAUUUAGAUAUAUGAUUCUAUGUAAUCAGCGGAGCAAUCUGACCAUAUUAUAGAGUAAAAAUAUCACUAGCUACUCCCAUGUGUUUUGUUGAUUCAGAUUGUUCUAAAUCAAGUUUGUCUUUUAUUAAUUCUGUA